AUGCAGGUGCUUGAAGUGCAGCAAGCAGUGGUUCGGCUCUCUGAGUUGUGGCUCAAGCCACAGCUUGCAUCCCACGUUCAACCGAACCUCUUUCCCCUUGGAAGAAGCGCCAUGUUCCGGACUGCCUCGACGGCCGUCAUCCUAGCUCUGCACUUCUGGGCCGGAGAUGCGAGCAACAGUGCUGCACAUCGUAGUGGAAAGCCGCACAUCCUCUUCAUCAUGGUGGAUGAGAUGGAUGGCAGAAUUCUAGAUGAUGAGACGCCUCAGUUCAAGCCCCCCAUGCCGCACCUCCGCCAGCUCAUGAAGCGCGGCACGUAUUUCUCAAACGCCUACAGCAACUCGCCACUGUGCGUGCCUGCGAGGACAUCGAUGCUUGCGGGCAGGUACAAUUCCGAUAUCAAGGUCUGGGAUAAUUUCAUUGGCAUCGCGAAUGUGAACGGCGACAACAGCAAUCUAGACAAGAGGUGUGUGGAUGCCUUCUCACGCAGCGAGUGCCGUGAAUUCGCCGCCGAGCAGAAGAUUAAUGGUACCUUCAUCGACGUGCUGGCAGACCACGGAUACGAGAUCACGCUUUGGGGCAAGGUUCAUGCAGGAGCUGGCCUGGAUCGCUUCAGCCACAAGAUCUCCAACGACCCCUUCACGGGAACCGGGCCGGUGAGAGAGUCGGCGAAAGCCUGGUCGCGCUUGUCGGGUGUUGUCUCGAAGAGGCAGGACCCUACCCUUUGGAUGCAAAGGCCGAACGACGUGCCCAUGCCAGCUGAAGGCUUCUACGAUUACCCUACUGCAGAGGAAUGUGCCAAGCUUAUUCGCCAAGGGAUCUUCAAGAAGGCAACGCCGCAGUUUCUGUACUGUUCCUUCUCCGUGCCGCACCCGCCGUACCAGACGAACGGCACAUACUGGAACGCUGUUGGAUCUUUGGGAAAGCAUGCCGUCCCACGCCUCGUGCCGCGGGACAAGCUCCAUCCGGCGGAUGCAUACGCGGCCAAGGCCAAGCAGUUCUGGCACAUGGACGAGUGCGAUGCCAAGGAUAUCGAGCACUUCCGCCGUGUCUACUUCUCCAUGUGUGUAGAGUCGGACAAGCUGGUCGGCAAUAUCCUCAGUGCUUUCUACAACAGCGGCGUCAAGAAUGCCUACGUGAUGUUCGUCUCCGACCACGGCGAGCACAACCUGGAGAACAGGCAGUGGCAGAAGAGCUCCAUGAAGGAAGCCUCGGCCCGCAUCCCCUUGAUCAUCGCUGGCCCGGGAAUGCCAAAGGGGCAGCGCAUCAACGGCUUGACGUCAUUGCAUGACGUUUACCCAACACUCCUUGACAUGGCGGGCGCGAAGAGUCGAGUGCCACAGGCCAAGCUUGCCGGCGAAUCGGUCCUGCCUAUGGCGAGAGGUCAUGAGCGUAAGCGCAACUAUGUCGUGUCGGAGUACCACGACUCCUACUCACGGACUGGGGCCUUCAUGAUCCGUCAGGGCCACCUGAAACUGAUCCUGCACGCGCCCCUAUACCACGGAGGUAAACCUUGGCCUCCGCAGCUCUUCGACGUGAAGGAAGACCCAUGGGAGCUCACAGACUUGGCGAGCAAGAAGCCCGGCGAAGUUCAGAGGCUGGAGAACAUGCUGCGCAAGGAGUUCGACGUAGAAGCUGUGGACAAGUACAAGAAAGACUACGACAGGCGCAUGUUUCUGACAUAUGUGUACCGGCGGUACAGUGGACCUGCUGGAUGCCACAAAACAAUGGACAUUGCCUUCCCGGGCUUCGACGAGGAGGAUGCAAAGUCCAUUGAACAGUGGAUUGGAAAGCCUUGCUGCAAAGUAGCGGAAGGCCGAAAGAACAGAAAAGCCAAGUACCAUUCGCUUCAGUGUCCAUCAAGGAAGAUGGCCAAAAGCAAAUGA